UCCGAGAGCAACCUGUUAGAGUUUCACUUGCAUACCAAAAGUGACUUUGAGGCGUGAUCGAAAAAUGGAAAUGAAGUUUCUUGUGAUCCUAUUUGCUGCCGUCAUAAUUGGAGCGCAAUGUCGUUCGAUCGAUCUUUCGGACGUAGGACUUGUAGGAGGCGAAGGGCAAGUUGCUACAAAUAUGCCAGAGCAACUGAAAGAACUAAUGACAUCGUAUGAGAAAAACUUUGGAAAGCUCCUCAACGUUUCCGUAAAAAUAAACGAAGAUAAGGAUAAUAAUGAACAGGGGAUACAAUUUUUGAAUCAACUAAGCUCGCUCAUGACACAAUUGGACUCGGAACAAUCAAUCCCAGGAUCAAGAAUUUCACAACAAAUUGUCUCAGAACAAACAAUUCCAGACCAAUCAAGCCCAGACCAAAUAAUUCCAAAGCAAACAAUCCCAGAUGAAACUAUUUCAAAUCGAAGAGAAGCGAUAAAUAUGUACACUUUUGAUAACGAUUCCAUCUGGCAAACACCGAAUAAUAAAUCGACAAGGGCUGCGAAUGACUUAAAAGAACUACUUACUCAGAUAAAAGAUAUCCUCAAUCAGGAGGAUGGGAGACAGGAGUCUGUAAUAGUCAUACUGAUGAACUCACACGGAUCAAACUUUUUAACACAGAACGUGUAUGUGAAUUCGAAGAAACUGCCACGUGUUUUGCCACGUCCUAUGCCACAAUAGAAGAACGAAUUACUAAUAUUCUAAUCGAUAUCAAACAUUAUUUAGACAAGCUAUGCAAGAAACAUCAUUUGAGACGUCGACAAUUAUCUCAGAAAAAUAUUUGAUGAUACUUUCUCUAUUAGUCAGCUGAACAAAGAAUCGAUUAUGUAGAAUGAAUACACUGAAAAAAAACUACGUAUAUCAUUGUAUUAAAGUUCUAUAAUAUACUACAAAAUAUUUUAAAAUAACAGUAGUUAAAAUUUAUUAGACAUUUUCUCAUAUAAAAAAUGACAAAAGAUCUUAAUUACAAUGUAUUUGUAUACCAUUAAAUAUAUUUAAAUAUAUUAAUUUCGACACACAUGUUAUAUUACUUAUGCUACACAAGGUAACCCAGAACGUUAAAUUAACAAGUUAAAGAAAUGUUAGAAAAAUUAGGGAUUACUUUGUGAUGUUCAAUUCAUUGAGCUUCUCUUAUAAAUAUUCGUAAUAAAAUUACAUAUCUUAAUUA